GUGCAGCUGUGCCUCCUGCAAUGGCGCUGGGGGUCGGGGAAGGCCUCGGAAGUCAUGCCAGGCGUCCCCGGGUCGGGAAGGGGCAGCAGCGGCCGCUUUGCGCCCUGCAAACUCCGCGCUGGUUGGCGCUGGAGACUCAGCAAGAGAUGGGGCGCAAAAGACGGGGCGUUGCAAUCGCUCUGCGGCCCUGCUGAGGAGGAGACACCCCCUGGCAACCGGGGGGGGGGUAACCGGGAAGCUCAGCUCUGCCUUUGGAGGGAGGGGGCCAAAGGCGGGAAAAAGCUCGGGGCUCCUUCCGCGCACGUGGAGAGAGCCGGUCGAGCACAAAGCUGAAAGUGCCUUAUUAGUCCCGCUUUAUGAGGCCUUCGCAAGGCCACAUCUGGAAUCCUGCAUCCAGUUUUUGGUCACCAUGAUGUAAAAAAGAUGUUGAGACUCUGGAAAGAGUGCGGGAAAGAGCAACAAAGAUUGUCUUUUUCUGGUGGACAUUAAAGAUGAAAAUCUGGACAGUCCAGAAACAGGGCCUUGCAAGGCAAAACUUAUGGAGGAAGCCUUAUCUGCUGCUGAAGAAUUCUCUCUUCCAGGCCAAGAGAACAUUAAAGUGGAGGCUUCGUCAAUGAGCUUCCUUCCUCUGUACAGAGAUGACAGUAAAGUCAGCCUCCUGGUAUUAACUGAUCCCCAAGAUAAGAACAGAGUUUUAGCAAUUUACUUGAACAACUCCUGGCGGUCUCCUGAAGAUAUAAUCAAGACGUCUGACCCUUUCCAGAAAGGUCUGAAACAGGUUCAGACUUUUCAAGAGAGAAUUGUUCUCUUUGUCCUCAACUGCAUCGUUUUUGGCCUGUUUGAAAGGAGCUUGACUGACAAUACAAUCUUUGUGCCUCAUGCGAAGAAGGAACAUGCCAAAAUAUUCUGGAAGAGUGGAGAAGCCGCUGCUUUUUAUACCGUCAAAAGAAAAGGAAAUUUGUGUGACGGGCACACCAGCCAAUGUUACCUGCUCCCUGUUUUGGACACCAUGUUCGUACGAAAGAAAUUUAGAAGACGUGGACUUGCGAUGCAGAUGCUCCAGGAUUUUUGCCAGUCUUUCCCCUCUGAGGAGGCCUUGGGACUCAGCUGCCCUCUUUCUGCUGAAAUGGAGAAAGUUUGUCAGAAGUUCUUGGAGACUCACCCAGUGGAGCAGCCUCGGCUAUGGGAAGCGGAAGCCCCCGGGGACUGGACCCAGCGCGUUAACAUCUGGCUAAAAUUGCAGCUGGAGCAAAGCUUUCCAAAAAAUGCCGAUCGAAGUUCUCCCACGCCGAAGGGUCCAGAUGAUGAAGCAGAGGAAGAACGGACAAAUACAAGACUUGGCUGUAUCCCACAUCUUGAAGUUUUGCCCGACAAACCCAUGGCACGUCUUAGUGACCGGAGAGAGGCCCCGGACCUUUCUUCUCAGAACAAUGAACCUCAAGUUCCGUUGAAAGCUGAAGAACAGAAGAUUUUGAAGAAAAGAGCAGACAGAGGAGAACCAGCUGGAGAAAGGGUUGUGAAGCACUUGAGGACAAUGUCCUAAUUUCUAUAAAUAGAAGCAAAACAAAACACAAGACGGAACCACCGGAAAGCUGAGGAUUGAGUAGCAAGUCAGAACACCUCUAGUGAAUAUUUCUUAAUCAAUGGACAUAUUUCAGUGACUCUACACCAGAGUUUCUUCACCAUGGCAAUUUGAAGAGGACUUUCAACUCCCAGAAUUCCCCAGCCAGCUGGGAGUUGAAGUCCACAUACAGGUAGUCCUCGGGUUAACGAAUGUAAUGGAGCCUGCCAAUUCCAUCCGUAACUCGAGGGUUCGUAGGAGUGAAUCAUGUACCUUGAACGCGAUUACUCCCUGCUUUUGCCCACCCAUUCGCUAAUCAAACACAUGGGUUGUUCAGCACACACGAGGUAUCUCAGGGUGGGGAAGGCCAUGGGGGGGGCCUAAUGAUGGAAUGGGCCCCCAAGGCCUCCCCGACCACUGAGAUACCUCAUGCUUCCCUCCCCCUCCCUUCCUGCCCUGCAUGAUUCACUUACCUUGCAAAGAUGUUGCUGCGGUUUCUUUGCCUUUGAGGGAGUUGUAAAUGCUUUUUGAAGUCCAUGAGUCAUAAAAGAGCCAAGGUUGCCUACCCCUGGGUUAAGGGAAUCACUGCAGUUGUUAAGUUAGCAACAUGGUUAAGUGAACCUGGCUUCCCCAUUGCUUGUUGGAAGGUUGCAAAAAGUUCACCCCGGGACAUGGCAAUCAUCAUAAGUGUAAACCAGUUGCCAAGCAUCUAAAUUUUGCUCAUGUGACUGUGGGGAGAUGACAACGGUCACAAGUGUGAAAAAUGGUCCUAAGUCACUUUUUUCAGUGCUGGUAUAACUUUGAAUGGCCACUAAAUGAACGGUUGCAAGUCAAGGACUUACCUGUUAAAGUUUCAAUAGCUUCCCGGGUUCUCCUAGCAAUCCAUUAAUUUUCAUUCUCCAAUUGUUUAGUAGUUGAUCAAAGAUCACUCUAGAUUGUUGGAUGCCUACAAUGAAGGUUCCUGUUUUGCAAUCCCGCUUCUUAGAUCUUGAUCUAAUUCAGAUUGAUUAGGUUUGCCUAAAUGAGACCAUUCUUGGCCUGAUCUUUAAGGAAAAAGCACUGUGGGUUGCCGAAACCAAAUAAAUACUUGGCCUCAUUUUGAAACAGGAGAAAUUGUUUGUUGGUACUUGGUUGCUGGAUGGUUGAAUCCAGUGUGUCACAUCAGCUUUUUCUCUACCUUCCACCCUGUCCUUUUCUCCCCCAUUAAAGAAUGUAAUUUAGGAUCAUUGGGUGGGUCACUUGUUCCCGGAAGAAUUAGAUAAUCAUUGACAGAAAGGAGUCUAGGUCUCGGGACAGAUUUGAUUAUUCUUCUAAGACAUAUCCUGAUUGUUAGCAAUGAUCUAGCCAACCAUUAAGUACUUUGUAGGAAGAAUUAACACUUCUGAUCUGGGGAACAGAGGACAGUGGAUUAGUAGGUUUUUGUGAAUCUCUAAAAAAGAAUGCAAAUGUAUCUGGAACUCAGCGUAGUGGAACCUUAGUAAUUAAUGAUGUUAUAAACUGAGCUGGCAUGGCUUGUAAGUUCAUCAGGUCUGCUAAUCAGCCAAACAGGAGCACAAACAUCUUAAGUUCCAUGCUGUCUAAAGUAAUUUAAAGUAAAAUAAGCCACUAGAAUGGAUAAUUCACCGAAACCGUAUUUAGGAGAGAACUAUAAAAAUGGAGGUGGCUUCGUAUAGAUUCGGAGGAGAACCAUCUUGGUCUGAAGUUAUUUUGAAAAUCAAAACUAAAUUCAUCAAAAGCUUUUGAGGACUUCAGUCCUUGGCAUGAUAUGGUGGCAAAAUGUUAAUGGCAUUAUGUGGAAAAGCUUUGGACGUGGUAUUAAUUGUAGGUGAUCUUAGAUCAGGCAAAAAUCACCCCGUUCAUUAGCUUGAAAAAAUUCCUUGUUCUGAAAAACAGAACAGAACUGUUUUUAAAGGGAUGGGAAAAGGACAAACUUUUUAUCUUGGCCACAGGGUGGUGCUAUUGCACUUUAUUUGAAUUUAUUUAAUUUCCUACCCCCCCCCCAGGCUGUGAACUUUUCCUCUUUGCUCCCCAGAGUGUUUUCUUUUUUGAUCUGCAUGCAAUAUAUUAAACACGUCUUAAACAUAUUAAAUAAAAUGAUGUUUGCUGCUCUGCAUAGCACCUGGUGAUCAAAGGUAGACAUUGCACCAAGUAUGCCUCAGCAUUAGGUAGGUAGGUAGGUAGGUAGAUAGGCAGGCAGGCAGGCAGGCAGGCAGGCAGGCUUGUUAUUUUUUACUGUGACACAUUAAAAAUUUUGUUGCUUGCUUUCAAAAGUAUACACAUACAUAACACACAUUUAAGCAUGCUAUAUAUUUGAAAGUCUAUAACAGUAAUUAAAUUCAAGGUGCGGAAGAUGCUUGUGGUCUACCUUGAAUAAGGAAGUUUAUUGCAGUUAGAUACCUAGGUUACUUGGCCAAAUUCAGAAAUCUAACCAAUUUGGAGUUAGUAAAACAUAAAACGUAGACUAAUAGCAUAGAAAGGGGCCUUAGUGGUCUUCUAGUCCAAUCUAGCUCAAGCAAGGGAGCCUCUACCAUUCCGGA